AUGGUGCUCCGGCGCCUUGAAAAUCAAGGGUCGUAUGAUAUAUUGAUGAAUGGGGAUGUUAUACAGGAAGGAAUAACAGCAGGAAGGCUGAAGCUGGCAGAGAAACCUCCAUUUGUCACAACAGACCAUUUUCCCCCACCGCAAGUCAACAUGGUAAACUUAAAUUGGCCAGAACAGAAGAGAAACAGAACAGCGACAGAAGCCAACUCCAGCAAAGGCAGAAUAGUUUCAAGAGAGACAAUUGAAAGACCAAAGGCAACCAUCUCAGCUGGGGUAGUGCUCUGCAACAAGUGCAAAUGUGAAGCUGAGCUAGAGGUGGUCCUGGACAAACAGGACCAGCCCACUCCGAGUGUUUUUGACCGAAUUGGAACCACAUCCCAUGAUGGAGCUAGGCAGAAAGACUAUUCCAGGCCUGUCCGACCUAGUAGAAGAAUGACUAAGCAGCUCAAGGAGGAAAUAUCAAUAAAAAUGCCCGGAAACGAGAAACCUCUGACAACUAUCAUAGAAGGCAGUGGUAUUCUGUCGGGAAAAAAUGGCAGACCAACAAUGGAGAGUUCAAAGGCAGUACUGUACAUUCCUCAAUAA